AUGAUUGCUGUCGAAUAAUUAUUUACUAAGCCUAUUCAAGAAAUUCAACGAGAAUAGCAAAAUCUCCAGAAAGAAAUUACUACUAAGAAUAAGGAAUUAAAGGAUCUCUUCAGCUCUAAAUAUCACGAACUCCUAAAUUGUGCUGAUCUACUUAAUGGCAUUAGUGAUUAUACUAAAUAGAUAAUGUAAAAUACAUUCUAAUAACAUACAUAGAACAAUUACAAAUAAAACAUAAUAAAACAUGAUGUAGAUUAAUGAAUCCAAUAACAAUAAUCCAAAAUUAUAAUAAUAAGAUCACAAAUGCAAAUCAUUUACAUAUUUUAUGAAAAAGGUUAAGUAAUCUAUGAAAAAUGGAUAUUGUUAUAAUUCUCAAAUAUCAUUAUUAUAUGCUUAGAAUAAAUAUUAAUUGAAUGAUUCUGAACGUUUGUAUCCCAUCAUUCUAUUAGAAUAAAUUGAGUAAGAAUGUAAUCUAAAUAAUGUAAUUGAUACACUCUUAAUUCAUUAAAAUAAUCUAUCUGUAUUCUUUAAUAAACUUAUUGAAUAUGGAAGUUUGAAUUGUAAUAAUUAUAAAGCUGUAAUUGCUAAAAUAGAUUAAAUUCAUUCAUUUGAUAAUUAUACUUAAUUAAUUCUUUUAAAAUAAAACUAUAUUCAAUUGACUAUUGAAUAAAUAUAUGAUAUACUAAUUAAUAAUCAAAUCCCAAUAUUUUAAAUAGAUAAUUAAUUAAUAGAGAAAUUUAAAUAAAAUAUAUUAUCAUAUACUAAAACAAUUGAAGUUUAAAUUUUAGAAAAACUAAUAUAGAAUAUUGUUUAAAAUGGUACAUUUAAUCAUGAACUUUAUUAAUCAAUUUAAAAAGAAUAAGGAUUUAUUCCAUAAGAAUUAAAAAAUAAAACUAUCAUAAUUUGGAAAGAUUGGUUUGAUUUAUCAUUAAAUAAUCAUUUUUAAUAAUUAUUUUAGAUUAUUGAGAAAGAAUAAAUCAAAUAAGAGAAAGAUUUUUUAGAAGUUUAUAAAGUUUAUCAAAAUAAAAUUAAAGAAAUAAAAGAUAUAUGUGAUUUAAUAGAGAAAUUACCACAUGAUGAAAUUGAAUAUAAACAUUAGUAAUGUAUUUAGGAUUGUUAAAAGAUGGUUAAGGAAUAUUCAUAAAUAUUAAAUAAUAUAUUUGAGUAAAAUAAAGAUUCAUUUCUCAUUUGUUUUUAUUAUAAUGUUUUAAUAUAUUAAUGGAAUGAAUAAUUAUAGAAAUAUCAAUUAGAUCUAUAUUGUGAAUAAAAUAAUUAAUGGGAUUUAAAAGAAAUAGAUUAAUUAUUAUUUUCCAUUUAUUAAUUAUAGAAAUAAGAAAUUAAGAGAGAAACAAUCUCAUAAAUAAUCAAACUUAUGUUAUAAAAAGUAGAUAUUAUAUUUUCAAUUGAAUACAGAAAUUUGGCUACUGCUAUUCAUCCAGAGAAGGCAUAAGAAUACUAUUAGAAUCUAUUUAAGACAGGAAAGUUUAAUAAUAAGUCAUUGAAGAGGACUUAAUUAAAUCUAGAAGGGAUAGAUUUAUCAUUAGAAUAACAUUUCCAUUAUUACACUAUUAUAUAGUAAUAAAAGUAGACUACAAAAGAUUAGAUAAAUGCUUGGACUUAAAAGGCAUAAGAAGUUUAAUAAAAAUAGUAAUAAGAACCUUAAUAAUAGACAAGAUUUGGUUUAAAUAUGUUUUGGAAGAAAUAAUGA